UUGAUAACAUAUGUAAGUUGUUCGGUUAAGGAAAUCCGCCAUUUUGUGUUAACCAGCAAGGGACAGGCUAACACUUUGAUCAUUUUUGUGCACAAUUUUCAGCAUGUCUGAUUCGGCCAAGAAAGAUGAGCUGGUUCAAAAAGCCAAGCUCGCGGAACAAGCUGAGCGAUACGAUGAUAUGGCUGAGGCGAUGAAAGAAGUAACAGAACUCGGCGCAGAUCUGUCCAACGAGGAGCGAAAUUUACUCUCUGUUGCGUACAAAAAUGUGGUGGGUGCUCGCCGUUCCUCGUGGAGAGUUAUCUCCAGCAUUGAACAGAAGACGGAAGCAACUACGAAAAAGCAAGAAAUGGCUAAACAGUACCGGGAAAAAGUCGAAUCUGAAUUGAAAUCUAUUUGUCAAGAUGUGUUGAGGCUGUUGGACGAACACUUGAUACCUAAGUCAAAGAAUGGUGAAAAACAUGAAAGUAAUGUAUUUUACCUCAAAAUGAAAGGGGACUACUACAGAUAUCUAGCAGAAGUGGCAACUGGGGAAGACAGGACGACAAAUAGCCAAAAUUCGGAUAAUGCCUAUGAAGAAGCGUAUAAGACUGCCAAAGAUGAAAUGAAGCCUACACACCCCAUACGACUUGGCCUGGCAUUAAACUACUCAGUAUUUUUCUAUGAAAUUAUCAAUUCUCCUGACAGGGCAUGUCAGUUAGCAAAAACGGCUUUUGAUGAUGCUAUAGCCGAGUUGGAUACUCUGAGUGAGGAUUCGUACAAGGACAGCACACUAAUCAUGCAGCUGCUUAGGGACAAUUUGACGUUGUGGACUUCAGACACGCAGGCAGAAGGGGAAGAAGCGCAAGAUCAUGAGAAUAAUUAACCUUUUUCUCUGCUCAUUGAACAAUAUCAGAGACUACUGAAACUGAUAUAAAACUUUCAACAAUUUAUCGUAAAGCAAACUAAGCAAAGUGAGAAUUUAAAAAAAAAACGAUGAGGAAAAAAAUGUGCUCAUGUGGUCAGACUUGGCACGGUGGAAAUCGACAGGAAAUUUAACACUUUGUUUGAGCUACUUUCUUAAUUGGUUUUUGAUUUCAACAACAACAUGGUAAACAUGAAAACGUGACAGUACCCCCACUGCCCCCCACCCCCACCCCCAAGAGACGAAGGCAAAAAUAUGGGGAGGUGGGUGGGAGGGCAGCUGCAUAGCGUUUCAUUGCCAAAAUAAUGUAUUCAUUGUCGUGACAAAGGGGGAGUAAGGCACUUUUGCCAGUACGUAGUCAUCUACAGUUGCUUAAUUCCAACAGGUGCACUCUAGAUAGUACUAGUAGGCACACCUCUGUUUCUCUUUAGAAUUUACUUUAAGCAAACUCCUGGUUCCCUAUAUCACAGCAGGGCAAUGGCCCCGUUUCUGUCUCACCACUAAAGCUUGCCCUUGUACUAUCAUUUUUCUCUGCAAGGAGGAAAAAACGUCUUUCAUGUACUUUUCAGUUCAGCUUGGGUGUUAAGAGGGUGGUUAUGGAUCGAUUCUUAUAACAUGCCAAAAUGAAGUUAACUUUACACCACUGCUGGCUAUGUUUCAGCUGUGUGGUUUGUGAAGAGAUAAACAAGGUGAAGGGAUCUGUAUUCACGCUAAGGCUUACUUCCCCCUUUUUCUUGAUGUUGUGCCAUUUCUUCCUCUGUCUGAAAGACUCGGCCCAAACAUUUACAGACCAUAUGCCAUGUAACCUUGAUAUUGUCCCAUUUCAUAUUUUAACCAGUUAAGAACAUUAACAGACCAAAUGUUAUAAUUAAAAUGUUUCAGCAGUUGACCAUAAGCACUGCAGUGCGUCAUCUCUAGUAAGUGGUCUUUCAUAGGGCAUUCAGAAUUUGGUCUUGAAAAGUGGCAUAAAUGCUGUUAAAUGUGCACAUUCAUACGCUACUUGCUGCCCAUAGCAAGACUGGCAAGUUUUGACCAUCCUAGACAAAACCUGGCUGAUUUCUACAAGACCACGUAACUAAGCCAACUGUAUGUGUGUUAAGUUUGUGUAUUGCCAUAACUGUAUUGACUUUUAAUAAACUUCCCCUAAGCCACAGAUGUUACCUUCUCAAGUGUCAGCUCAUUUAUGUAGAUCAUUAUUAAUUGUACUAUUAUUUGUUUUGAAUGUUAUUGAAAUCAAAAAUGGCAAUGAAGACCUGUGCAUAAAGUAUAGACAAGUCGAGCCCACUGUGUUUAUUAAGUUUGCUUUAGCAAUGGAAAAGUUCCAAUUGUGCUUUUGAAUGUGUUCGUAGCAUGAUCAUAUGGUAUCGGUUUUUAAGUUGUAACCCACUUUACUAUGGAGCAUCAGAAGAAAAAAAAAUUGACAAAAUCUUGUUGUUAUUAUUAGCAUUAUUAUUAUUUGAAGAUCAAAACGAGGUCACACGAAGUGGAGAUAGAACUGCGUGGUAGUUUUCCAUCACUCGUUUCAAUAGUUAUAACAUCUUUUUGACUCGUAGAAUAGUAAAUAAGUAGGUCUAGAAAACUCCCUUGAGGGUUGACUUUAUUAUUAUAAUAAUUAUUUAGUUAACUCUAGUUGUUACUGCAAGAUUGUAUUUCUGAAUACUAUUAAAUGUUGUCAACUUUGAAUGCAAUGAAGUGGAUGUGAUGUAAAACACGAAUAAUAAUGCUUCAUUCGUUAUAUA